AUGUUUUCGGGCGCCCUCAUUGCAAUGCUGAGCAAAGUCCUUCUUGCGGGAGUGGUUGUUCUUACACUGUCGCUCUACUGGGUUCUCGUUCCGCCUCGUCAUCCUCGAAAUAUUCCCGCAGUUCCAUUUUGGGUUACUUUACUCCCAUUAUUUUUUGAUGUUGACCAAGAGAACACGUAUCGAAGAUACAUUCGGAAGCCUUUGCAACAGUAUGGAGUUAUCAAGAUUUUCUUUGGGGGGCAAUGGAACUUGGUCAUACAGAGACCGACCUACGUGGCGGAAAUGUUUAAACAUGAGGAAGUUUACCAGAAGAGCGGAAACCAAAAGAAGAUUCCUCAUAGCGUCCUUGCGGAAUUCCUAGGCGACAACAUUAUUUCUUCGAGAGGCGACGAUUGGAAACUUUACCGAAAUAUUAUCAAGCCCGGCCUUCAGAAAACCUUUGAAACACAGCCCAUUGUUGCCAAUGCUAGAAAGCUCUGCAGUUUGCUCAAAAAAUCGCAGCAGGCCCUGGGAAGUCAGGGAAUAUUGAUCCAGAAUCAUAUCCAGUGCUACACAACUGCAAAUAUAUCAAAGUGCGUCUUGCAGGCUGAGAUAGAGUCGCUGUCAACUGAAAAUGACACACUCAUGAAAUUGCAGCUCGCAGUGAAGAGAGAAAUUUUCAAGCCUAUUUUCAUGAAUUUCCCUCUGUUGGAUCGAUUUGGUUCCUUCAUACCUAGUCGUGCCCACGCAAGAGAGUUAGUACGAAGAUUUUCUAGUGAGUUGGAGUCAAGGCUAGUCCGGGAUCACACUGAGAUGCCGGAUUCCGAAGCAUCUGACAACGUUGGAUCACGAUUAAUUGCCGCUAGAGAUCGUGGUGAAUUAACACAGCAACAAUUUCGGGACAACCUGAACGUUACAUUUGUUGCUGGGCAGGAAAACCCGCAACUCCUUCUGAUUUCAACAAUGUACCUGCUAGGAAAAUAUCCCGAAGUUCAAUGUCGUCUAAGAUCUGAAAUUGAGGGCUGUGGAGCGGAUGAGCCGUCCCACCUCAUUUUGCGCGACAUGCCAUAUCUCACUUCCGUCACCUAUGAGAGCCUCCGAUUGUUUCCGCCUAUCUCCCAGCUAAUCAAUCGACGAGUGGCUAAGCCAGUUGUUUUGGGGGGCGAGAUCUAUAUCCCUCAAAAUACGUACGUAGGAUACAACUGUUAUGCAACUAAUCGGGAUCCCACUGUUUGGGGCAAAACCGCAGACGAAUUUAGGCCCGAACGAUGGGGCUCAACCACCAAAGAAAUUUCUAUGCGGUAUAGGGUCGCGAGGGCACGGGCAGAAUUUACCUCGUUCCAUGGAGGUAGCCGUGCGUGUCUCGGGGAGACCUUUGCGUUGCUGGAAAUGAAACUUUCGCUUUUUAUUCUGCUGAAGAAUUUGAGCUGGAGGUUGGACCCCAAGUGGGAAGACCGCAAGACCCCAGUAAGAAACCUACCACGCCCUCUUUUUUAG